CCAGUGGCCGCGGAGCUUCCUCUCCGCGCACAGCAUGGCGGACGACAGCGCGACGAGCAGCGCCCAGCGGCAGGAGCUGGAGGAGCAGUACUCGCCUAGUCGAUGGUCUCGGAGAGGCGAUGCCGACUACGUCAUCAGUGAACACGUCCGGUUCGCGAAAGAAGAGAGCGAGCGGGUGCGCGCGCAGCUCCCGCCGCUGGAGACGGCGCGCGUGGGGCCCGGGCCGAGACAGCUGGUCGACCUGUUCGUCGGGCCGCAGCUGCCCGCAGACUGCCCGGUGCUGGUGUACGUGCACGGCGGCUACUGGCAGGAGUUGUCGCGGGAGCUGUCCGCCUACUGCGUGCGGCCGCUGCACGGCGCUGGCAUCGCUGUCGCCGUCGUCGGCUACGAUCUCGCUCCACAAGUGAAUGUAUCUGACAUCGUGGAACAAGUACAGGCUGCUGUCGAAUUCGUGCUGAAUUUCGCCAAAAAACGUGGUUCGAGCGCCGUGUGGGUGUGCGGGCACUCUGCCGGGGCGCACCUGUCGGCGUGUCUGCUGUCGCCGUGGCUGGACCGGCUGGACGCCGCCGCCCGCCGCCUGCUGCGCGGGCUCGUCCUCGCCUCGGGCGUCUACCGGCUGGCGCCGCUCGUCCCCACCUACGUCAACCACGCGCUGCGCCUCACCAGGGAGGCGGCUGAUUCGGUGAGCCCCGCGCUAGCGGCCUUCGAUCUCUCUCCCGACUCCAAGGACUCUAUCAAGAAUAUGAGAAUUCUGGUCGCUAUUGGGCAGCACGAUUCUCCGGCGUUCCACGAGCAAUCUCGAGAAUACUCGAAGAUUCUUCGUGGCAUCUGCGACCACGUGGAGUACCUCGAAGUCGCAGAUAUGGACCACUUCAGCGUAGUGGAAAACUUGCACGAAGAAGAUUACAUCCUGACGAAGAAAAUUAUUGAAAUGAUUAAGAGCAGCAACAACUGAGAAGAAAGCUAUGUGCAUUUUUCUUCUCUGUUUUGUUUUUUAAAAGCACAUCACGCUAUGCUUCAGCCGAAUCUUUCAAUAAAAACAUCAACGAUAAAUUUA